GGCGACCCCGGCACGAGCGAGCGCCGUCUCCCCGGUGCGCAUGCUCACCCCUGCUGUGGGCUCGCCUUCUUUUUUUUUUUUUUUUUUUUUUUUCGGGCGGCCCCGGCGGCUGCGUACUGGCUGUGGGAUGGGAAGUGAAGCCCCAGCGAGCGGCAGCGGCGGGGCUGUGAGGAGCAGUCAGGGGGAGGCGGCGGCGGCAGCUAGUCGGUGAGCAGCUGAAAAGAGCGGAGCCGGGGAGGAGCACCUGCAGGCACGGGCGGUGGCUUCACCAUGGCGAUUCGCAAGAAAAGCACUAAGAGCCCCCCGGUCCUGAGCCACGAAUUCAUCCUGCAGAAUCACGCGGACAUCGUCUCCUGUGUGGCGAUGGUCUUCCUGCUGGGGCUCAUGUUCGAGAUAACAGCAAAAGCUUCUAUCAUUUUUGUUACUCUUCAGUACAAUGUUACCCUCCCUGCAACAGAAGAACAAGCUACUGAAUCAGCAUCCCUUUAUUACUAUGGUAUCAAAGAUUUGGCUACAGUUUUCUUCUACAUGCUAGUGGCGAUAAUUAUUCAUGCCAUAAUUCAAGAGUAUGUGUUGGAUAAAAUUAACAGGCGAAUGCACUUCUCCAAAACGAAACACAGCAAGUUUAAUGAAUCUGGUCAGCUUAGUGCAUUCUACCUUUUUUCUUGUAUUUGGGGCACAUUCAUUCUAAUAUCUGAAAACUACAUCUCAGACCCAACUAUCUUGUGGAGGGCUUAUCCCCAUAACCUGAUGACAUUUCAAAUGAAGUUUUUCUACAUAGCCCAGUUGGCUUACUGGUUUCAUGCUUUUCCUGAACUCUACUUCCAGAAAACCAAAAAAGAAGAUAUUCCUCGUCAGCUUGUCUACAUUGGUCUUUACCUCUUUCACAUUGCUGGAGCUUAUCUUUUAAACUUGAAUCAUCUAGGACUUGUUCUUCUGGUGCUACAUUAUUUUGUUGAAUUUCUUUUCCACAUUUCCCGCCUGUUUUAUUUUAGUGACGAAAAGUAUCAGAAAGGGUUUUCUCUGUGGGCAGUUCUAUUUGUUUUGGGAAGACUUCUGACUUUAAUUCUUUCAGUACUCACUGUUGGCUUUGGCCUUGCAAGAGCAGAGAAUCAGAAACUGGAUUUCAGUGCUGGGAACUUCAAUGUGUUAGCUGUAAGAAUUGCUGUCCUGGCAUCCAUUUGCAUUACCCAAGCAUUCAUGAUGUGGAAGUUCAUUAAUUUUCAGCUUCGGAGGUGGAGGGAACAUUCUACUUUUCAGGCACCUGCUGUGAAGAAGAAACCAACAGUGACUAAAGGCAGGUCUUCUAGAAAAGGAACAGAAAAUGGUGUAAAUGGAACAGUAACUUCAAAUGGAGCAGACUCCCCCCGUAAUAGAAAAGAGAAAUCUUCAUAAUGAAUUAUUAUCUAAUUGAUUAAUGUCCCCAAAGAAAUCUGCUUUUUACUAUAUCUUUCAGCACUAGAGAUUUUUUCUGUCCUUGAAAAUACAGUUUGUGCUCUUUGAUUCUUGCUAUUGUACUGUUUCAUGCAUUUUUUUAAAGGGCAUUUGAGGGAAGGAUGAUUACUAUGAGUGAGAAAAAUAUUUUAGCUUAGACUAAGCUACCUGCCUUCAAAAUAGUUUAGGGACCACCACCAUAUUUUAUUUUGUUUUUUACCUUUGAAUGUUUUUCUAAUGAUUUGGGAGAGAGAACUAUUUACAAAAAUUCUACAUAUCAGUGGUAAAAUUUCUUGCUCUCACCAAUUUUUUAUAUUAGCAAGAUGGCCUGUUCCAGCAAGGUCAUAUUUUUUAAGUUAUCUUUCAGGGUAAAAUGGAAAUACUAUAAAGUUGGAAGUCAAACUUUAAUAUGUUUUCAGUGUUCUCUAAUUUUUAGGAAUUUUUGUAGUCUUUACACCUGGGAAAAAAGAUUUGUAAAUUCACUAAAAUAAUUGUGUGCUUUAUUUUAUAGGUAAUGGUUGUUAAUGUUACAUCCCCAUUUAAAAAAAAGAAAACAUACUCUUGGUUACGAUGUGUGGAGAUUUAUUGCCAUAUAUAUUGAAUCAAAAUACAUGAACAUAAAAGUACCUGUGAAGUAAAAUCUUUCUUGUACAUUUUCAACACUUGUAAACUGGAAAUCAGAAAAUUAAAUAUUUACUAUAAAGAAGCAAAUCUGACUAUAGCCCUUUUUGAUAUGUUUAUUAAUAAUGAUUCUUAAUAGGGCUUAUUAUAAGGUCGAUAUGCACAGCAUCUUAGAAAAAUAUUGUUUAACCUGCAAACCCUUUUUAAAAAUAAUGCCUACUUGAUUUAUAUCUAUAAAAAAAAUGUCAGGUAAUUAUAUUUGGAAAACAUUUACUGCACUAAUCUUAAAUUGAAAAUUCAGUUGGAUAAAUAGUCUUACAAAAGACAGUGCUUUAUGUUAUAACUAUAGCUUUGGUCCCAUCUUUAAUUGAGAAGCAUUUAUCUGUAUAAAACAUAUUUUUGGAUAAAUAUAUAUAUAUAUAUUUGUAUCUCUACAGAAAGGCUCUAAAAAAUAUUUGAGUAAAACAUUUGGUUCCCUUUUCUAUAAUUAUCCUUAAAAAUUCUUAUAGCUAUAUUUGGUUUUUUGUUGUCUUCACAGUACCUAUACUGCUCCUUUUGGUGUUCACAUCUUCUCCAUUUCUCACUUUUGUCACCAGCUCAUGUUUGUGCCAUUUUUAGUAUAAAAGUUGCAGGCUUGUUAGGUCUGCAGUUUAAUAAGUUGCCAUGCUGCUAGAAAGUUGUGCUUUUCUAUUUCCAGCUGUUUACUUCCUGGAAAAAGUAGUAGCUCUCUGUAGCAUCAUGGAGUUUCAGUGGAACCAAAUUUUUGCCAUUAAAAACUGGCAUUAUAUUGAACUAUACAUUGAGAAAUCAAUCAAAAUAAAAUUUUUACUUUCACAAGCUGUAUCCUGGACGUUUUCUUUAUUAACAAGUUUUUAUGCUAUCUUAAGACAUAAUCUCAUUAAAAUGUACCAUGUUUAAAGAGUAUACUCUUGAUAGACAUUUAGAAUAGCCUUUCUCAAAAAAGUGUUCUGCAAAAAAAAAGGAUUAGUUUCAUAUAAUGUCUGAGAGCUAUUGAGGGGGGAAAAAUGGUUAAUAACCAAAU